CAGGCAUACUUAAUUUCCAGUUUACUAACCCUAAACAGGAAAAUAGUUUGACGAACUCAAAAGUCAAACCGGAUAGAGAAGAGAAGGAGAGAGAGAUGGGUUGGGGCAGUUUAAGGUCGCUGAAUGUCCCAACGGUCGAUAUGGGCGCGCUCGGCACCGGCGUCACUUUGGCGGUUGCUGGAAUCGCGGUUGGCUAUGCUCUCUGUCGGUCUUCGUCUUCCGCCAGAAAAUCAUCUCGUUUCGCUUGCUUCAGCAUCUCCACUUCUCCCGGCCUAAAGGAGGCAGUAGCGACAGAUAAGGCUCCAGCAGCGCUAGGACCUUAUUCUCAGGCUAUCAAAGCCAAUAACCUUCUCUUUGUCUCUGGUGUGAUUGGUCUUGUUCCAGAGGUUUGUGGCAUGCUGAUUGUGAAUGCUUGUCAUUUCAAUGACUCAAUGAUUAUUCUCUAUGUUUUCCUUUGUCAUGAAAUAUAAUGAUUAUAUGUAAUGAUGUUGGCUGACUUGAAUGACUUCAAAAAAGUUAAUGAGAUCUAUGCUAAAUACUUUCCUUCUCCCGCACCAGCUCGUGCAACAUAUCAGGUAGCAGCAUUGCCAAUAAACGCCAAGAUUGAAAUCGAAUGCAUUGCUGCACUUUAGAGCAUGAUAGUGAGAAGUUUAAGCUGACAGAGUCAAGUUAAUAUGAUUGGAGAUUCGUCAAGGGAGCUCCAACUUUUCUGGAUCAUAGAAUCUUUGCUGGACUAGAACAUGAGUUACUUCAAAAAAAAAAAAAGAAAAAAAGAACUCUGAAGCUGAAAUUACAAACUUUUAUUUAUUCAAUUGCAGUCCUUUCACUAAAAUGAAUAAAUAUUGUUUGCCAAG